AUGGAGCCCCAGCUCCUGUGCUGCGAGGUGGAGGCCGUGCGCCGCGCCUACCCCGACACCAACCUCCUGAGCGACCGGGUGCUGCGCGCCAUGCUGAAGGCGGAGGAGACCUGCGCUCCCUCCGUGUCCUACUUCAAGUGCGUGCAGAAGGAGAUCCUCCCGUCCAUGCGCAAGAUCGUGGCCACCUGGAUGCUAGAGGUGUGCGAGGAGCAGAAGUGCGAGGAGGAGGUCUUCCCGCUGGCCAUGAACUACCUGGACCGUUUCCUGUCGCUGGAGCCGCUCCGGAAGAGCCGCCUGCAGCUGCUGGGGGCCGCCUGCAUGUUGGUGGCCUCCAAGAUGAAGGAGACCAUCCCGCUGACGGCCGAGAAGCUGUGCGUCUACACCGACAACUCCAUCCGGCCCGACGAGCUGCUGCAAAUGGAGCUGCUGCUGGUGAACAAGCUCAAGUGGAACCUGGCCGCGAUGACCCCGCACGAUUUCAUCGAGCACUUCCUGUCCAAAAUGCCCGAGGCGGAGGAGAACAAACAGCUGAUCCGCAAACACGCGCAGACCUUCGUCGCCCUGUGUGCCACAGAUGUCAAGUUCAUCUCCAGCCCACCUUCCAUGGUGGCGGCUGGCAGCGUGGUGGCUGCCGUGCAGGGUCUGCACCUGGGGACCCCCAACAGCUUCCUGUCCUGUUACCGCCUGACCCGCUUCCUGUCUCGAAUGAUCAAGUGUGACCCGGUGAGGCCUUGGGCUGCUCCCUGCCUCCUGUCGCCUGCUGACCCCCCGCCCCGCCCCGCGUCCCCCCAGGACUGCCUCCGGGCCUGCCAGGAGCAGAUCGAAGCCCUGUUGGAGGCCAGCCUGCGCCACGCACAGCAGAACCUGGACCCCAAGGUGGCCGAGGAGGAAGAGGAGGUGGUAGAGGAGGCCGACCUGGCCUGCACGCCCACGGAUGUGCGAGACGUGGACGUCUGAGGGCGCUGCCGUCCCUCCCGGGGGACGCUGCGUGGCCGCGGCCUCCUCCGGGCAGGCGUGUCGUCCCAUCCCUGGUUCUUUUCUUCCUUCCGUCUCUGACUUAAGCGAAAGAAAAAGCGGACUUGAAAACUGUCUUAUAAAGAGAGAGAGAUAGCAAAAUGCUGACGCAAUAGACGCUCUCCUGCCCCGUAAUCAGCUAGUUUCCAUAUUAAGUGCUUGUGUCUGUCGUACAAAUAGGCAUUAACGUGAUGCCAGAGGCUCCAGCCGGACUAGAUAGGGGGAAAAAAAGCAUAAAAAUAUUACACAAAAUAUAUAUAUAUACAGGAAAAAAAAAAAAAACAACCAGCCAGCCGCCUGGAACGUUAGAACUCAGCAGACACACGUCCCUCCUAAACGGAGCCACUUUAAGAGUUGUGUGUGCGGUGUCUCCCGCGUGGAUGGUGGCCUGCCCACGGCCCCACCCCCGUGGCCACAGCUAGGCCAGAUCCACGGCUGGUUUUUUUGUAGCUCUUUUUUUUUUUUUUUGUCAUUGUUUUUCUUCUCGAUGUUCUAGAACCAUUCCAUUUCAAGGCACUUUUCGGUCCAGUAGUGACACUUGGGGUAGCACUGUCCAUGUUGGGUGUGCGUGUGUGUGUGUGUGUGUGGAGGGGAUCCAUUUGUUUCUGGUGGGAUGGUUGGGGCAAGCGAGCCGGCUGUUGGUACGUGCACGUCGCUCAAGGGGACACGGUCAGCCGGGAACGGGGGCAGCGCAGCUGGCGUUCCCCAGGAGGGACCUGGGUGGGGCGAGGGCAGGUGGCUACCUUCACCUGCUCUUCAGUGGAAGGGUUUUUUUGGUUUUGAUUUAAAAAAAAACACUAAAGUCUGUAAUUUAUAGUUCAAGUUACCAGGAAUAUUUAUUUCGGAGGAUGUCGCAAGGCCAGUAUGGUUUUCCAAAGCCACGCAGUCCCCUGGAUCGGGUGCCGUGGAGGAAGGACACACCCUUGGAGAGGCUGGGGCCGACGGGCGUGCUGGAGGGCCAGUGUGUGGUGUGCGCCCCUUUGGAAGCACGUUAGCCCCUUCCGUGUCUUGGCAGUUUGUGUCAAGGAAGGUGGCAUGCAGGAGCCCUGAGAGCAGGGCGGUGAGGGAGUCCCCCCCAGGGCAGGCCAGGCAGGGGCACAGGGAAGCAACCAUGGCUCUUCUGUCUUUCAUGUUGCUGCUAUUGUAUCAGGAUUGGAUUUGUGUGUGUGUGUGUGUGUGUGUCUGACAACGUCACAUAUACUGC